AUGGGAAGCAAUUAUGAUUACACAUACGACUAUGAAGUAAAUGAUUCUAAUAAACAUAGCCGGACUGCCCGUGAUAACACUGGACAACACGGUCAAAGAACAGCAAGGAAUCAAUCAAAUUACGCCGCCAAUCAUUCAACAUUUAGUCGUGCAAAUAAUAUGGAUACGUUAGCAAACUUUCAACAUGAUCGUAUCUGGCACAAACUUUAUGAUCCGCUUGAAAUGGAUAAAACAUCACAGGACAACGAAGUACAGAAAAUGGCUCGCCGUCCAGAUCGUAAAGUCAUUAAAAUAGAAGCGGCUUAUGGUUCCGAUCGACAAACAAUCAUUGUUAAACGUAAUUAUGAUUUACGUGUUCGUGAUAUUCAAGAAGAUGCAUCAAAGGUAUUCAAAAUGCCUCUUGAUCAAAUUAUUCUUUACUGGAAGGGACGAAAUAUUUGUGAAAAACCAAAUGAACUUUUAGAAAUAUUAGGAAUUGAAACUAAUCAUCAAAUGCGUGUUUGUCGAGCAGAUGAUCCAGCACAACAAGAUAGACGACGCGAAUUACGUUCUUUUGCUACAUCUGAUCAGCAAUAUUCAUCAUCAAAUGAUAUUUAUCAACAGCAACAACAAUUUUAUCCUCAAUUUCAACAGCAACCAUCCUAUUCGAAUGCACCAAUUAUGUAUGACCAACAACAACAACAACAACAACAAUUUGGAACUACUGCUCCACGUGCUAACUAUUAUCAACAAUUGACAAAUCCAAAUGUAGCAGCUCCUGUUGCUCCUACGUUUAUUCUUAAUUUACAAAUUAGUUUCGUUGAUCGAGUUGAAGGUCUUGUCGUUGGUCGACCACAUCCAAUAACAAUUUAUGAUUUACAAUUUGAAUUACAACAGCGUUUCAAUAUACCAAUUCUUGAUCAGAAUCUUACUUAUAAUGGAAUGUCUUUGGCACAAUAUCCACCUGAUGCUCCACUUGAUACACUUGGAAUUGGUAAUAAUUCAGUGAUUUCACUUUGGUAUCGAGGUCAACCAUCGAAUAAUCAACAACAACAACAACAACAAGCACCACCUAAUGAAUAUUAUUCAGCAAGACAACAAAUGCCACCAACGAUGUAUGGAGAUGGAUCUCAGUUGCCACGUGGCACUGGAGGUCCUGCUGAUAUAUCAUUGAUGCGUUUAGACAAUCCAAACAUUAUCAAUGAUCCUAUGCAAAAUGGUAAUAAUCAAGAUGUCCUUAAAAUAGAAGUAUUUCAUGGCUCCGAUCGACAUGUUAUUAUUUUGCGUAGUGCAAAUAAUCUACGUAUUACUGAUUUAAUGGAAGAAUUACAACGUAUAACAAAUGUUCCUGUUCAACGUCAAAAACUCUAUUUUCGUGGACAUGAAUUACAAAAUCAGAAAGAAAGCACAUUACGCGAUGCUGGCAUUGAUAAUAAUGCUCAAGUUAGAUUAAUUGGUGAUCCAACAAAAGCACGAUAUGAAGCAAUGAUUACAGGAAAUCGAACAAAUUAA